AUGUUGCGUACCAUAAUACUCUGCUUGCUGAGCUGUACCGCGGUGCUAGGCUCCAAGUACCAGCCAUACCCAAUUUCUGAUCUAGACCCAACAACAUAUAAGCCUUAUACAAAGGGUCAAUUGGUGCCUUUACAAUGCAUCCGUAGACAAAUAGAUAAUGGCGAACAUGUUUUCGAUAGUGAGGGGAACAUUGUUUUUGCUCCAUUCAUGAACUGUCUAGAGACGAACUCCCCAUUGUCAUUGAAAUACAUGGAGGACUCCAAUGUGAAGUGUACAGUCAAGUUUGAAGACGAGAUCUUCCACCUGUUUCAGCUAUACUUACACAAAGACGCUCCUUUCACUUGCAGAUACGAGUUGCGUCCUAAUUCCGGGAUCUAUUUGCCAAUUGAUUUGAGUUUCAGAGGAAACGUCCUCGAAUCACAUUUUGAUAUCGACCCUAAUCUCAAUGUUGUUAUGCUCUCCAACAAUGAGAACGAAAUUGUUGCAGGCAGUGCAUUCUCCUCAUCCACAAAUACAACCAAGGUGAUAAUUGGUCAAAAUGUCGAACUCAGCUUCAACAUUAAAUGGACCAACGCACAUAAGGAGAUAAUAGGUGACGAUAACGUCGGAGUUUACUGGAUCGCAUCUCGUAAUCCUUGGCUCGUUGUUGCGUUGGUAUCAUCUUAA